UCACCACAACACCCUCCCCCAUGUAAAAAAGCUUGUUACAGUUUUAUCUGUUCAAAACAGAGUAGAGAGAGAAAGAAAGAAGAAGAAGAAGAAGCAGCAAAAAAUGAAGAUCUUCUCUUCUUCUCCAUCAAACUCAAAAUUCGCUCUCUUCUCUCCGCCUCCUCAAAAUUCCAUUACAAAAUUUCAUUUCAUCGCACCAUUGAAAACCAAUUCACACAGUAGUAAAUCACUUCCCACACACUCCCAUGACACGUCAUCACCUCCGAUUCUCCAACAAACCCCUCAAAAAUCUGCUCCCACAAAAUCCGAAGCUACCGAAAUGGAAGAAGAAUACAGUUUCGACGAGGAGAUAACGAACGCCAAAAAAUCAUUAGAAGAGCUUCUAGUUGUUCGCAGGCCUACUAUGGAGUUUCCCGACGAAGAAGUUAAAAACACAGCUGCAUAUAAUAAUAGAAAUGCUUCUUCGGGUAUAGACGAAGGCCUAUCGAGAUUCGCAAAGAAGAUGCCGAUUUUCGAGCCUAAGAUUGUCGAAUCGAGUUCCGGGGAGAAACCCCUUUUGGUCAAUUUGGAUUUGGCUCUGUAUAAAGCGAAGAUUUUGGCGCGUAAUUAUCGGUACCAAGAAGCUGAGGAGAUACUUAUCAAGUGUAUAAGCUAUUGGCCAGAAGAUGGGAGACCCUAUGUUGCCUUAGGGAAGGCUUUGAGUAAACAAUCGAGAAACAACGAAGCGAGAUCUGUAUACGAAAAGGGAUGCCAAGCUACACAAGGCGAAAACUCGUACAUUUGGCAGUGUUGGGCAGUGCUGGAAAAUAAGAUGGGAAAUACGAGGAGAGCUCGGGAGUUAUUCGAUGCGGCAACGGUUGCUGAUAAAAGGCACAUUGCAGCUUGGCAUGGAUGGGCAGUUUUGGAAAUGAAACAGGGGAAUAUUCUCAAAGCAAGGAAUCUUCUCGGUAAGGGUAUCAAAUUUUGCGGUGGGAAUGAAUAUAUAUACCAAACGCUCGCACUACUCGAAGUUAGAGCGAAGCGGUACGAGCAAGCUCGGUAUUUGUUCAAGCAAGCGACGAAAUGCAAUCCGAAAAGUUGUGCUAGUUGGCUCGCGUGGGCUCAACUUGAGGUGCAGCAAGCGAAUAACCGCGUUGCUAGAAGUCUUUUCGAGAAAGCAGUUCAGGCAAGUCCUAAGAAUAGGUUUGCAUGGCAUGUUUGGGGAGUGUUUGAAGCUAAUUUAGGAAACGUCGAUUUAGCGCGGAAGCUUCUGAAGGUGGGCCACGCGGUGAAUCCGAGGGACCCGGUUCUUCUUCAGUCACUCGCAUUAUUGGAAUACAGAUACUCUACGGCUAAUUUAGCUCGACUGAUCUUUCGAAGAGCAUCUGAACUCGAUCCGAGGCAUCAACCAGUUUGGAUCGCUUGGGGAUGGAUGGAAUGGAAAGAAGGAAACUUGGCUACAGCUAGAGAUUUAUACCAAAAGGCGCUCUCGAUAGAUUCAUCCACCGAAAGCGCUGCUCGUUGUCUUCAGGCUUGGGGCGUUUUAGAACAACGAGUAGGGAAUCUAUCAGCAGCUAGACGAUUAUUCCGAUCGUCGCUUAAUAUAAAUUCUCAAAGCUACGUAACAUGGAUGACUUGGGCUUCUUUGGAAGAAGAUCAAGGAAAUUCCGUACGCGCCGAAGAAAUCCGAGAACUCUACUUCCAGCAGCGUACUGAAAUAGUGGACGAUGCAUCGUGGAUAAUGGGAUUCUUGGACAUUAUCGAUCCUGCAAUAGACAGCAUAAAGAGGCUUCUAAACUUUGAGAAAGUUAACGUUUCAUCGGAAAAUAAAGAUUCCGGUGAAGACGAGCAGUUGGGAAAAUUCUCUAGUGAUUUCAAUUUAGAUAAGUUUAUACGAGAAAAACUUGCGUUGGACCCUUCGAAACUCGAAGUUCAAUUGGAACCGUCUCGAAUGGCAUCUUCGAAGAGUAGUAUUAAUAGGCCUGCUUCAAAUAUAUGGAGAUCCCCGGAGAACAGGAAUGCCACGUCAGCACCAAAUGUGACUGCUUCAUAGCUUUUGUUCAUAGCCAAAGUUGUAUAUUUGUCAUAUACUUGUCUUCUGUAAACAAUUCAAAAGGCAUCAAAUUCUCUAUCAAAUUUAUAGCAAUUUAAUAUUUUCC